AUAUUGCAGUUAUGAGUGUCACGCUGACAUUUAGUUUUCAAAAUUUUUCCUCUUCUUGAUUUUUUCAUUACGAAAUGAUGUUAAACUUCGCCUGAAAUUGAUCGUCCGUGUCCCUGUCGUUCGCAUGUUUUAUUUAUUGACAUAACACUAUGUGGUAGAUCAUAAAUCACAAAUAUUUUAUCGAUUAACCCAAAAUUAAAAAUGCCAUUUCUGAAGGAACGUAAGAAAAUCUCCAGGUCACACGAGCUCGAAAAUAACGCGAAGAAAAAUGGUUUAAGACAUGCAGUGUUUAAUAUUGUGGGUGAUAAGUACAUCGGCGAGUGGCGAAAUGACUUUAAAACAGGGAAGGGUGCACUGUUCACACGCCAUAGACAAUUAUACGAAGGUGAUUUUGAAGAUGGUUUUCGGCACGGUUUCGGCGUCUUGGCCUAUUUGCACGAAAACAAUUUCUUCCUGCUUGAAUAUCGCGGUAAUUGGAGACGUGGAAAAAUGCACGGGUUUGGUUUAAGGCGAUAUCGAGAUGGGGGUGUUUAUAUUGGGGAUUGGAAAAAUGGGAAAAGACAUGGUUAUGGUCUAAUGUGGUAUCCGGGAGGGGAUUUUUACGCCGGUGAUUUCGUAAAGGAUGUGAGACAGGGGCUGGGGAUGUUGGUAAGACCUGAUUCAAGUCGAUAUGAAGGCAGUUGGUUUGGUGAUAUGAAGCACGGGAAAGGGAGGUUUCUUCAUUUGGUUACGGGGCAGAUGCAGCAAGGGGUUUGGGUUAGAGAUGUGUGCGUUUUUUGUACGUUUAUCGACAUAAGGUAUCGGCAGAGUGGCCUACGACCAACCCAAUAUCCUAUUCAUAAGAUCGAACUGCUUGAUGUGGAUGAACUUUGUGCAACCCGAGAAAUGAAAACACUUCAAGAAAUCGUCAACUCUUGCCUAAGCCUCCACGAAAGUAUAUCAAGUGAAAUAAACCAACUCGUUUAGUAUAUAAAUAAUAAAUGUAUUUCGUUACCAAUAAAAAUACAAUAAUGUAAAAAUGCUUAAAAAUAUAACAGAUCACAGUUCUCAAUUGCUCCAUGUCUUGAGAAAACUGUACUUGUACACAGCCAUGAAUUGUAAAAAAUGUGUAAUUAAACAAUGUGCACACCUGAAAGUAAAUCAUUGACACCAUUAACCCUAUUGUGCUCAAUAUCCCCUUGCUCAAUCUGUUCCUUGAGCCUUUCAAGCUCCCUAAUCCCCGAAACCGUCAUUUCAUAUUUGUGAGCAACAAGCGAUCGGUAAAAAUGUAUCGCAAAAGCGAGAAACACAAACAAAAUCGGUAUAAGAACAACACUGGCCGACCAAGCGGCCGUUUUAUUAAUAUCAUAAAACUUAACCCAAC